AUGGAAUUCAACUUCUGGAUCCACAGGAUACGUAGUGGAUUUACCAAUAUCAUCAAAUUCGGAUCUGUGCUCGCAAAGUGUCCUGGUGUUGCAUCCCUCUUGGAGACAUGCAAAACCUCAAAUGAAACUAUGCAUGGUCACGCUGGGUUUAAGAAGAUCGAACUAUUCCGUCCUCCAACUCGUCAUUUUCUUGACACGACGGAGACAAUUCCUGAUACCCUCACCUACAUGUACCUUCGGCCUUCGAGUGAUGUCUUUAUGGCCAGCAUUGAUAGUCUCGUUAGAUUAUAUCAACUUGGCGGCUCGAUAGGAUCUCUAUGCAACAUUGAGAAACUGGCUGUCACAGGAAUGGAUUACGAUCUUUGCGAUGAUUGCGACGAUGAGGAAAUAACGACUCUUUCCGAGAAGCUCUGCAAUAUCAUCUAA